AUGGCACGUGAAUUUGAUCACCUCUUCAAACUGCUGAUUAUCGGUGACAGUGGCGUUGGUAAAAGCUGUCUUCUACUGCGAUUUGCAGACAACACAUUCUCCGGUAGUUAUAUUACAACGAUAGGUGUUGAUUUUAAAAUAAGGACUUUAGAGAUAAACGGUGAAAGAGUGAAGCUACAAAUAUGGGAUACUGCGGGCCAGGAAAGGUUCAGAACUAUAACAAGCACAUAUUACAGAGGCACUCACGGCGUCAUCGUAGUCUACGAUGUUACAAAUGGGGAGUCCUUUGCCAAUGUCAAGAGGUGGCUACAUGAGAUAGAGCAAAAUUGUGAUGUCGUAAACAAAGUUCUAGUUGGUAAUAAAAAUGACUGUCCAUCGAGGAAAGUUGUGGUUACAGAGGAUGCCCAAAGAUUUGCUAAUCAAAUGAACAUCCCUUUAUUUGAAACUAGUGCAAAAGAAAAUAUAAAUGUGGAGGAAAUGUUUCUUACUAUCACGAAAAUGGUACUCAGAUCUAAAUUAGAAAUGAAGGAGAGACAAAAUGUAACAGCUAAUGAUAUAGUGAACAUAAAACGUACCAAAACCAAGAAUGUGAAGAAAUGUUGUCAG